ACAUGAGAUUGGUAACUUCCUCCAGGGUUUAAUCUCAGACUGCAGUGGGAGGCGGAGCAGCUCACUGGCAGUUUUGCCAGAACAGUAAUUUAGAAACCAAAAGUAAAAGAAUCAGUUGUGGAGAGGACAGCCACGGAGCAGGGUGAAGGCCGACAUGUCGUCCAUGCAGGAGCUGAUCAGGAAGAAGAGAGACGGAGAAACUCUGAGCGACGAGGAGGUGGCGGCGUUCGUUCAGGCCGUCUCCAAUGGCAGCAUCCAGCAGUCUCAGAUCGGCGCCAUGCUGAUGGCCAUCUACCUGAAGGGGAUGGUCAUCGAGGAGACCCGGACCCUGACCAGGGAGAUGAUGACCUCGGGCGAGGUGCUGACCUGGCCGGAGGAGUGGAAGGGCCUGGUGGUGGACAAACACUCCACGGGGGGCGUGGGGGACAAAAUCAGCCUGGUGCUGGCGCCGGCGCUCGCCGCCUGCGGCUGUAAGGUACCAAUGAUCAGUGGGCGGGGCUUAGCUCACACCGGGGGGACUCUGGACAAACUGGAAUCCAUCCCUGGAUACAACAUCCAGCAGUCAGCUGCUCAGAUCCGGGACAUCCUGACCUCCGUGGGCUGUUGCAUUGUGGGUCAAACGGAGCGACUGGUCCCUGCUGACAGGGUCAUGUACGCCCUGCGGGACGCCACCAGCACCGUGGACAACUUACCUCUCAUCACCGGUUCCAUCAUUUCAAAGAAAGGAGCCGAGUCGCUGUCGGCUCUGGUUCUGGACGUGAAGUUUGGACGAGCGGCGCUCUACAAAGACCUGGAGAGCGCUAAAGCGUUAGCACGAAUGCUAGUGGACACGGGUAACGGGCUGGGGAUCCGGACGGGGGCCGUCCUCAGCUGCAUGGACACUGUGAUUGGUCGAUGUGUGGGGAACAGCCUGGAGGUGAUCGAGUCUCUGGAGACGCUGAAGGGGAAGGGGCCGUCCGACCUCGUGGAGCUGGUCAACACUCUGGGAGGGAUUCUGCUGGAGAAGAUCGGCUUGGCGUCCGACUUAUCGGAGGGCGAGAGGAAGAUUUCGGAGGCCGUGAAAGGCGGAGCUGCUCUGUCGAAGUUCCAGGCCAUGAUGGAGGCGCAGGGCGUAGACGGCGAGACGGCCCGGAGGCUUUGCUCCUCCAACACGGACUACUUCACCGUCCUGAGGAAGUCUAAGAGCCAGCUGGAGCUGGAAGCCAAGGAAGACGGAUUCGUGGAGGACAUCGACGGAAUGACUUUGGCUCAAGUUCUUCAUAAGCUGGGAGCGGGGCGAUCGCAGGCCGGGCAGCCUGUCAAUCACAGCGUGGGGGCGGAGCUUCUGCUGUCGGUGGGAGACAGAGUCCAGAAAGGCGCCCCAUGGUUGCGGCUGCACUACGACACUCUGGCUCCGACUCCAGACCAGAUGAGUCGCCUGCAGAGCGUCCUGAAGGUGGGAUCCGACGCCGGCGCGAAGAAGAGACUCCCCCUUGUCCGAGAGCUGCUGCAUUAGACCCACAGGAGGCGCUGACGUUUCCCAGCAGUACUUUAACUGAUCACAGCGCACUAAUCUUGUUGACUGAUCUUUUAUCUUUAUAUCUGUGAUCUUUAUCUGAUUCUUUACCACAGUGAAGCACUUUGAAUAACGCUAUAUGAAUGAAAUUUACUUACUUACUAACCCUCCUGUUGACCGUCAGAACGGAUUUUGUUCAGACGUCUGAUUCCAUGACUUCAACAGAUUAAAGGAAUUUUUAUUAAUAUACGCAGUUUUGUAUUAACUUCAUCAUCUAUGUUUCAUGUAAAAAGAAGCAUGCAGGAGAUCUGAAUACAACAACAAACUUUAUUAAACAGUUUGGUUGACAAAAAACACAAUUUCUUUUUUUUAAAAAAGUUCAAACUUCAAUAACUUUAUAAAAAUACAAAGAACAGAAGCACAGCGGCAGGACUGUCGCAGUUUCACCAGGA